ACCCCUCAACUUCAAAGAGUCACAAAUCACCCUUAAUCAAAAAGGGUGCAGAAAUUUUUUUGGGCCCUCCCCGCCAUGAGCUCCUACGUAGCCAAUUCAUUCUAUAAGCAGAGCCCCAAUAUCCCUGCCUAUAACAUGCAAACUUGUGGGAACUAUGGAUCGGCCUCAGAGGUGCAGGCAUCCAGGUACUGCUACGGCGGAUUGGACUUAAGCAUCACUUUCCCACCGCCUGCGCCUUCCAACUCUCUCCACGGGGUAGACAUGGCUGCCAACCCCCGGGCUCACCCCGACCGCCCCGCCUGCAGCGCCGCGGCCGCUCCGGGACACGCUCUGGGCAGAGAUGAAGCGGCUCCUCUGAACCCCGGGAUGUACAGUCAGAAGGCGGCUCGCCCAGCGCUGGAGGAGCGAGCUAAGAGCAGUGGGGAGAUCAAAGAGGAGCAGGCGCAGACAGGGCAGCCUACCGGACUGAGCCAGCCACCGGCCCCGCCACAGAUUUACCCGUGGAUGACCAAACUGCACAUGAGCCACGAGACGGACGGCAAGCGGUCCCGAACCAGUUACACGCGCUACCAGACUCUGGAACUGGAAAAAGAAUUCCACUUUAACCGCUACCUCACUCGCCGCAGGCGCAUAGAGAUCGCCAACAACUUGUGUCUCAACGAGAGACAGAUCAAGAUCUGGUUCCAGAACCGCAGGAUGAAGUGGAAGAAAGAUUCCAAAAUGAAAAGCAAAGAGGCUCUUUAGAGGCAGCGGGGAAGCCCGCCGAAAGCACCCCGAGCCCGCUUUGCUCCCCGCGCCUUUCCUUUUCGGGUUUCCUCUCUCUAUAUUUUGGGGCAAGGGCGGUGGCUGGAGCACCGGCUCCCGGGCCUCACAGACAAAAGCGCUUUCCCUUGGCAUUCUGCAUCCCCACCGACCCCAGGUUCCCACGGGGCUGCUCGCGCUGUCUGGACUCCCCUCAGUUCUGCUCAGCACCGGGGCCCAGGGCAAGCUCCACAGGGGUUCCCCUGGGGCUGUGGCUAACGGGUUGGCACUGACCGAACCCGGCCUGGGCCGCCUCUCAGGCUUCCAGCCCCAGCGUGGCCCGCUUGAGUUAAAGUGGGCCCUUCAGGCGCCGCAGGCCCCGCGCCCCGACCCUCCAGCCUCGCCCUCUUCUUUGUUCCGGGUUUAGGCUGGCCAGGCCGGAGAGAGAGGGGUUGUGCCUGGGGGAGUCGGGCGCCAGACUGGGGAGGGGGGUGGCUUCCGUGUAGCGACUAAACUCUAGAUGUUCAUUUUAUAAUAAUUUGCAUAUGAAAAGGGGGAGAUGACUGAAAGUCCGCUAGGGCCCCCUUGGUUGACCUACGCUCUCCAAACCUUCUCCCUCAACCCCAAAGCCUGAGAACUUCUCCAGCCUACACCCUCUGCAUGCCCUCUCAGGCCCCUAGCCUCAGACCACUAGCUAGCUCAGCUAUUUGGAUUCCCUACCCCAGGGACACCAGCAAGCGGUUCUCGAGGUUCCUGGCUGCCCAGUAGUCCCUACCAUGACUUUCUGUGCCAUCCUGGCCCAUCACUAUUGUACAACUAUUUAUUGACUCCAGGUCUUUCCUGAAACUAUAUUUUGUCAUAUCAAAUAAAGACAAAGAGAGAACAGGACUAAA